AUGGACGAUGAAUGGACGCGUCACUUCGACAAAUCAACCCAAAGCUGGGCUCUUGUCAACAAGUCAACAGGCGAAUUCAAAUACGAAGAUUCGCCUCCUUCCCCAGAAAAAAGCUCAAACUCAGUCGAAGAUCCGGAUGAAUAUCGUAAAGUCUUCAUCUUCCGCUCAGCCGGCGGAAACCCAGCGUUCAAGCACUGGAUCCUAUUCAUCGCUCCCUACCCAUCCACCACCAAACUAGGAACAGUCUUAAACAUUGAAGGCCGACGCACUCAUUAUCGGUAA